AAACUAUUGAAUUUUGUUGUUAUUCAUCUCGUUAUAUCAAAUUAACGAUUGUAUCCGCAUAUAAAAAGCAUAAACGUGUGUUUCAAAGUAUAGACGAUUCAGCGAGGCAUACCUUGGAACAACAAAGCAAGAGCAGAUAACAGAUUCAGUGGUCACAAUGAUUCCAGCGAUUACAUCAAAUGACAAAUUUCACAAUGUCAUUAUUAGUACUGGAAAUAUUCUUAACAUGAACAACCAAUUAGGUGGAAAGUCGACGGAGGAGGUCCUGCACGGCUUGCGUUUGACCUUACAAUGCCAAAAAGCGGCUGCAGAAGUUGAAUUAAUCGAAGCGGAUGGUCGUGUACUACGAGCGACAGAAGAAUUAAAGCAGAAGUUAACUGAAAACGACCGCUCAGAAAUUAGUAUUGGUGCGAAACUAUUUUUAAACAAAAAUUCCAGUGUGUAUAUUGAACAAGCGAUAAGCACACUGCUGCAGGUACUCAAGGUAGAGCACGUGGACAAUUUAGUGCUUGCAUAUCAUGCAAAAAAUGAGAGUGUACAAAAGAAUAGUAAUGAAAAAGUAUAUCAAUUAAGACAGCUUUGGGCAUCACUGGAAAAAUUUGCACAGCAAAAACAAAUAAUUCAAUUGGGUGUUGCCGAUUUGGACAUAGAAGAAUUGGGGCAAUUGAAUGCAUCUGCCAUUGUUCAUCCGACGAUAGCACAAAUAAAUUUAGAAUCCUGUUGUGUGGUACCACCGGCUUUGAAAGACUAUUGUACCAAGCAUGAUAUUCAGCUGCUGACACACAGCGAUCCAGAAGUGUUGUUGCCCGAUGACCAGUUUAUUGUUCCCGAUUACCAGGUAGAUUGGGCACUGCGCUAUCAAGUUCAUGUGCGUUGUCGUGGUGUUAUUACCGCAAAGGGCUAUAUUCUCGGCGCUAGCAAACAUGAUCAAACGAAUAAAAGUGCAGUCGUCUGAAAUCUGUAACUUAUUGCAAAAGCAACCGAAGCGGGUGGAAUGCAAUAGUAGGAGUUAAAUGUGUGUGUGUGUUGCUGGCAAGAAGGAAGUGUAAUUCCGUCAAAGUGGCUGCGUUAGUGGUAUGGCUCCGCCGUUAAUAUCAUUAACAAAAAAUCAAAAAUGUAGUAAAGGGAAUAGAUGGCCUUAUAGGAUCAGCGCCCAAGCUUUAUCACUGCAAACUAUAAUACACAAUGCAUCAUAAAAAUUAAGAUAUACAUAAUAUGUAUACAUAUAUGAAAAUAUACGGAAGGAGUAGCUUGCGAAUCCCAACAUUGUACUUACAUAUUGUUAUACACGAUUGUCUAAUUUACAUUUAUAUAUAACCUUUUUUGUACUUUUAUUGCGGGUAUGCUAAAAAACAACCCAAAAGCAUAUAAAUUUAUAGGAAGUAAUUUAAUGUAACUAAAGCUAUAUUGGGGUGAUGUGAUCAUGUAAUGUGCGCUUACAGGCUAACGAACUAACUCAAAAGAUCAAAUGUCUUAAAAAGUGUACAUAAACAGAAACAAUUUUAUAAUAAAUAAAUUGUUAAAUUGUAUUAGUUUUCGAAUGGGUUUUAUGUUUGGAUUUUAACUAAAAUGAAACAAUAAAAAAUUUUUAAUUGGA